UAUCAGCCCCAUUCGAUGCCCUACCCUACUGCUGAGGCACCUCCAAGCUUCCAGUGGUGCGCACUACAGAGAUCAUGGCCCCUAAAUACGCACCAAAUUUGCGAUCUCGUCUGGCACCUUUGUUGUUAUUUUUGCAAACUGGAUUCAUUGUUAUAUGUGCCCUUUACGCUGAGUUCGACCCAUAUGCCUUUAUGUUUGGAAAUACUUCCAGCAAACUGUAUUCGGAGUUCCAGGAUGUGAACGUGAUGGUGGUGGCCGGUUUUGGAUUUCUUGGCACUUUUCUGGUGCGUUAUGGUUUCAGUGGCUCAGGGUUCAAUUUGCUUGUGGCAGUGAUUGCCACCCAGUGGUCAAUUAUCCUCAAUGGCUAUGAGUCCUGGAUCCAAAGUAGAAGGAUACUAAUAGAUCUGAAAAGUUUGGUUUUUGCUUAGAUAUGCACAGCCUCUGCCCUAAUAUCUAUUGGUACGGUGAUUGGAAAGACCAACCCUGUUCAACUCAUUCUCAUUGCCAUUCUGGAGGUGUCAGGAUUCAUUUUGAACGGAUGGCUUCUUCAGACAUUCUUUGAGGUGAAGCCUUUGUACUGUGCCAUGCAGCUUCAUACCUUUGGGGCGUUCUUCGGGCUGAUGCUCACCUGGGUCAUGCGUCGGAAAGGAUCAGAAACGCCCUUUGAGAAAGAGAAAAUGGACCACAAAACUGGACUGUUCUCCAUGUUUGGGACACUGUUUUUGUGGAUGUUCUGGGCCAGUUUAAACUCCAUCCUGGUAGAUGAAGGCGAGAGGAAGCUGAGGAUAAUCCUGAGCACCUACCUAGCCCUGGCUGUCAGUGCCGUGGCCGCCGCUGCAGUGUCAGUGUUCACCAGCCCCAGAGGAAGAAUUAACCUGGAUCAUAUUCAGAAGUGCUCCCUGUCUGGAGGGGUUGCUAUAGGCGUUUCAAUGUCACUAGUUCAUCGGCCCUGGGUUGCCAUGACGAUUGGAUUAGCUGCUGGUGUGAUAUCAACCCUUUCACUUCGUUACCUUAAGGGUCAUAUGCUUCUUGCGUUUGGAUGCCACGACACCUGUGGUGUUUUGAGUGUACAUGGACUUCCAGGACUUCUUGGAUGGCUAGCUCAUCUCACCUUGCAAAUAAAUCAUAUGGUCGACCGCACAACGGCAAUUCGGUUUGCUGUGUUCCAUAUUUGCACUCUGCUCAUCACCCUGAGCCUCAGUAUGUCCAUGGGAGUGAUCACAGGACUGCUAGUUAAAUGGAGCUUUUGGAGACCGCCACAGGACAGGAAAUGUUUUGAUGACCAGGCGUUUUGGGAGUUUCCCAAACUUGCAAAGAAAAAAUAAGAGGAACGGGGAGGAGAACGCCAUGUGAUCUGAAGCCAUUCAUCUCCCUGUAAAUAAUUUUCACCACUUUGUUUAUAGUAAGCAAGUUAUUUUAAUGCAGGAGAAUUAUUGCAAGACUUGUAAACUGAUGAGAAUAUCUCUCCUUAAUUCUCCCAUGAAUGUCAAAAUAUGUGAUUUAUCUUGUAGACAAAUGAUUCUGCAUGGCCAUUAGAUAUACACGUUAACUACACUCCCAAUAUGUCAGUGCCGGUGGUAAAAUCAGAAUGUAAUCACCAUUCGGCAAUACAAAUGUCUGACUGCCAAGUUCCGGCAUAGUGUUAUUUGAAGAAAAUACGUACAAACAUAGGACCUCCAAUGCAACUACAUUCAAAUAUAUUUGUGCAUGGUUCUGGGAAAUACCCCAUAAAUCGUGCGUACCUCAAUAUCUGAGGUCCAAAGUUCAGGUCUUGGUGACCAUGUUACAGACACAUUAAUACAGAGUUGCCAGUUGCGAGGCUCCCAAAUGAAGGAAAACACCAUGUAAAGCCAUGAAAAUAGAUACACAAUUGCAGAGACACAUUCAAAGAUGUGGAACAAUUGAACUCAGCAGGUCCAAAAUAGCCAAAAGGGUCUUAAAAAGGGUUGCGUCUCUCUUCAUAUACCAGGAUUUAAAAUAAAUAGCGUUUUUUUUGUGAAAUUAAUUAUGUGAAGUAAAUAUAGGCUAAAGGAGAAUGUCCCAUACAGUAUAGAAUAUAAAUGGUUUACAGACACAUGAAGGGUUUACUACUGCCACAGAUCCUCAGUGCGUCCAAAUUUGAAGACCAAGCCCCUGAAAUAUGAAUGUGAAUGGAAUAUUAGACUACCAAGAUAUACAACUUCUUCACCGUCAUUAACACAAAAUACUCAUCUUAAUAAUAUGUAGAAAUGUCGGAGGUUCAAAAAUUGAAUUAACUUACCCAAAGAAAAUAAAAGCAUUUUGGAAGAAAAUAGCGA